AUGGGACAGCCAGCAAGGGAUAAUGACGAUAAUGAUAAUGAUGAUGAAUGUACCCGACAACAACACCCUCCCUUGCUAUGGCAACCCCAACCCCCAGCAGCACGAAGCCAGCCCGACCACCGGAUACCCAGCGAGAGGGAGGGAGGGAGGGAUCAACCCCCGCCUUCUCCAAAAGCGAGUCGACUCUCUCUCUCUCUCUCUCUCUCUCUCUCUCUCUCUCUCUCUCUCUCUCUCUCUCUCUCUCUCUCUCUCUCUCUCUCUCUCUCUCUCUACCAAACCAAUUCAUCUCUCUCUCUCCUUCUCUCUCUCUCUCUCUCUCUCUCUCUCUCUUUCUCUCUCUCUCUUCUCUUACUGCUGCUGCAUCAGCGUUAA